AUAAAUACUAACCCUAGAUGUUCAUGAACUACAUCUCAAACCAAGCAAAAAUUAUAGUAAUGGCUUCUCUUCCACUCCCCACCACCAAUGCCAUCUCUUCUUCAUCUUCUUCUUCAACUACCACAACUCUUUCCAAUUUGCAUUCUUCUCCUUUCUUUACAAAGACAUCAAAAGUUUCCACUUUAAGAAAGUGCGGUAACCAUCGUUUCCAAGUCUCAUGCAAGGGUACAGAAGAUGACCAGACCAUUAACACUUCCAAAAAUUCUGAUUCUUCAAACAAUAAGAUCAUUGAUAGAAGAAACAUGCUACUCGGAUUAGGAGGUAUUUAUGGUGCUGCUACUAUUGUUGGUGGUCAUCCCUUUGCCUUCGCGGCUCCUGUGCCCGGACCUGACGUUUCCAAAUGUGGCGCUGCAGAUUUGCCACCAGGUGCAGCAACAGUCAACUGUUGUCCUCCAACAACGGCGAAUAUCAUUGACUUCCAACUUCCACCACCGUCAACCACCCUCCGUACUCGGCCUGCAGCUCACGCCGCCGAUAGUGCCUAUAUAGAGAAAUUCAACAGAGCUAUUCAGCUCAUGAAACAACUUCCAGACGACGAUCCACGUAGCUUCAAGAACCAAGCAAAUGUUCAUUGUGCUUACUGUGAUGGUGCUUACGACCAACUAGGGUUCCCAAACUCUGAACUCCAAGUUCAUUUCUCUUGGCUUUUCCACCCUUUCCAUCGUUGUUACCUUUACUUUUUUGAAAAAAUCUUGGGAAGUUUAAUUAAUGACCCUAACUUCGCUAUCCCAUUUUGGAACUGGGAUCAUCCUGAUGGAAUGAGACUUCCUGCCAUGUACGCGAACCGUAGUUCUUCUCUCUACGAUCCUCUCCGUGAUCGGAGGCAUCAGCCUCCGGUCAUGGUCGAUCUCGACUUCAAUGGAACGGAUCCUAACAUAAGUAACGCUCAACAAACUUCCCAAAAUCUCACUACCAUGUAUAGGCAAAUGGUUUCUCUUGGAAGUACUCCGGCGACUUUUCUCGGAGACCCUUACCGGGCCGGUGGUGAGCCCGGUGGAGGUGGGUCCCUCGAGAACAUUCCUCAUGGACCGGUCCAUGUUUGGACCGGUGAUAGAACCCAACCUAAUUUUGAAAACAUGGGAGAUUUUUAUUCAGCUGCUAGAGACCCUAUUUUCUAUGCUCAUCAUUCUAAUAUUGAUAGAUUGUGGAGUGUUUGGAAAACCCUAGGAGGUAGACGUCAAGAUUUUACUGACCCUGAUUUUCUAAAUGCUUCAUUUUUAUUUUAUGACGAAAAAGCACAAAUGGUACGUAUUAGGGUACGUGACUGUUUGGAUACAACAAGACUUGGAUAUGUUUAUCAAGGUGUAGCUAAUCCGUGGAUAAAUUCUCGUCCAAGGGCUAGGGUUUCAAGUGCUUUGAGUGGUGUAAGGAGACUUGUUGAAGCAAGAGCAGCUGAUAAUUUUCCAAGUGCAAAAGAUGUUUUCCCAACAAAACUUGACCAUGUGAUAAGAGUUAUGGUGAAAAGGCCAAAUAAGAAGAAGAGAAACAAGAAGGAGAAAGAUGCAAAAGAGGAGAUUUUAGUGGUUGAAGGGAUAGAGCUGGAAACUGAUGUUUUUGUCAAGUUUGAUGUGUUGAUUAAUGAUGAAGAUGAGACUGUAAUUUCGCCGAAUAAUGCUGAGUUUGCAGGUAGUUUUGUGAACGUGCCACAUCAUAGUCAUGGUAAGAGUGACAAGAAACGUAAAACUAAGUUGAAGUUGGCUAUAACUGAGCUGUUGGAAGAUUUGGAUGCUGAGGAUGAUGAUCAUGUGGUGGUGACUUUUGUUCCAAAGAAUGGUUCUGGUGCUGUAAAAAUUGGAGGUGUCAAGAUCAUGCUUGAGGAUUGAUUGGUACCCUAGUGCACUAAUUAAGCUCCCGCUAUACGCGGGGUCUAUUAUACACAAUCUUACGCUGUAUUUCUGCAUUCCCGCUAUGUUUGAGGAUUGAUUAUGACUAGAAAAAUAAAAAGGUUUUAAUUAAUUUCCUCAACGAAUUUCCUCAACGAAUUAAGCAUUUUAAGUUUCUUCAUAUUGUAAGUGUGUUUGAAUGGAAUAAAGGAAGAACCACUUACAUGGA